AUGUCUGCAGAGCAGGUCAUCAUGUUUGGCUCUGGGCAGCUCCUGUCAACUCUGGGCCCUGGCAUCCUUCACUCCCCAGCAGCUCACUUCUUCCCUGCUUUCCCCAGCAGGCUGGGCCCUCCUCAGCUCCUGAUCCCCACUCCACUGCUCAGCUAUGAGCUCCUGCGGACCUACCUGCAGCCUGAGCCCUGCAAACAAGCUCUGCUGCUGGCCUCACAGGCCACCGGCAUGGUCCACCUCUCUGAGAACAUUGAUGAACCACGGCCAGUGAAGCAGCGUCGCGCCAGAGCCAACUACAGCAGCUGGCAGCUGGAGGAGCUGGAGAAGGCCUUUGAGAGCACACACUACCCUGACGUCUUCAUGCGCGAGGCCCUGGCCCUCCGACUGGACCUGAUUGAGGCCAGGGUGCAGGUGUGGUUCCAGAACCGCAGGGCUAAAAUGCGCAGACAGAUGAAGCUGCAAGGCCAGGUGGAGGAGCCAUGUACUGGCAGGGAGAGUGAGGCCAGGCAGCCAGUGCCGUCUAGCAGGAGCACAGAGCCGGACAGUGUCCAGGGGCCGUGCUGGGACAGGAAGCAGGAGAAGGGAAGCUCUUCAUGGCCCAAGCCUUCACCAGCAGCCAUGAGAAGCCCUGGGUCUGGGUCAGAGCGCCCCAGCCAGGAGGAGUUCCGCUCGUGCAGCAUCGCCAAGCUGAGGGCCAAGGCCAGAGAUUAUGAGGCCGAGAUCCACAGCAGCGUGGCCAAGGCCAGCAGGGAGCGGCACCUAAAAGCGCAGGUGUUCACCGCAGACACGGACAGUAACUGA